UUUUCUCUCUCCCUCUCUUCCCAUCGUGAAUUAAGUCACACGGACCCUCUUUUUUGUGUUUUCUUCAGCAGCCGCGUUGCCCCUCUUCCUCGAUCUCCUCUCCGUUCGACGCUCCUAUCUUCGGCGACGCGUGGAUAGCGACCACAACGGCGAUAGCUUUCCUUGUUCUCCUUGUCGGCGACUUGGAGUUGCGGCGAACGACGACGGCAUCUCAUACCAGCGACUAGACCAGCGUUUUCCUCCCUUUUGACAAGUAUUAUCAUAUUAAAAACGCGUAUGGCGACUUUCAUAAGGGCUCUAAACAAAGCUCAUCAAGUUCUAUACUUGAAAGCCUCCCCCACCAUUUUGAGAAGCAAAUUGAUGCCCCUUUUGCCUAGUGCUUUUAUUGGGUUGGAGAAUCUACAAAGCCAACUAACAAAUCACAAUCAGAAUCACCAUGGUUGUUUCUUUCGUUUCUGUUGGUCUUCGACAAGUACAAAUCCUCACAUUGAUCUCUCAAAUGAAGAUAGCAAGAGGCAUUUAUUCAACAGGUUGCUGUACCGGAGCAAACAACGAGGGUUUUUGGAAUUGGAUUUGGUACUUGGGAAAUGGGUUGAGGAUCACAUCAAUUCCUUAGAUGCAGAUGGUAUUCAAGCUUUAAUUAAUGUUCUCGACCUGGAAAAUCCAGAUUUAUGGAAAUGGUUAACUGGCCAGGAGCAACCCCCCGAAGCUGUGAAAACAAAUCCUGUAUUUAUUAGUGUGCAAGAGAAGGUCAUGAACAAUCUCAACCAACUCGCCUCACCUGAGACACGAACACCACCUGGGCAACAAUGGGUAAGGGGUUGGGAUGAUUUCAAGCGAGGUCGGGAUGGUCCCAUAACAGGAAAUCAGUAGCUUUUCCAUUAUACAUUACGUGUAAUCUAAGUUUAUAAGAACAGAAGAACCCAGGUUAAGUUUAUGUUAUAAUUGUUUGUUAUGGAUGGUGGGUUGUGAAUAAGUUAGCCCAUCACGGACUUUAAAGGGAACAUUAUACAGUGACUCUCCCUUUAAACCCUUGAUCUAUCGUGAAUUAAUAAUCUUCUUCCUCGUAUGCAUUUAACGGUAUAAAACCGUUAACCGCAUUGUACAAAUUUUGAAUAAUUCAUCAUUUGAAGUACUUGUGGGCAUGGAUUGUAUUUCUUUAUAA